CGGUGGAGGGCUCUUGAUCCUAAGAACUGGAGCUGCCUUCCUUUUCCUUGGAUGGAGUCUUGAUUCCCUCCCCAUUCCCUAAAGUGUUGUGACUCCAUACAGGUUUAGCGCUCCUUCACUUAAGGAAAUACGUUAAUAAUGUCUUAACGUGCAUAUAACCAGUAAAAUGAGUGAAAUACUUGGAAUUACACCUCUACCAGGAGUGGAGUACCCACUCACUGUGGCUUAUUGUGGUAACUGCACUAUGCCCAUAGAGUAUUGCGAGUACUAUCCUGGCUAUGAAAAGUGUAAACAGUGGCUGGAGAAGAACCUACCAGAUAUGUUUCAAAAACUUAUAGAUGGAGCCAGUGUAGGCGGAGAAGAAGGUGGGGAUGAAGAGAAGAAGAGACAAAAGCGGGGUGGAAAGGGCAUGGUGAAGGCAAAAAAGAAGGCUGAGGAAGGUCCCCGUAAGGUUGUGGUGUUUGUAGCGCCACGUGGCAAGAAAAGGAACACGGUCAUCACUGGCCUAAAGACAUUUAAUAUUGAUCUUAAGGUUGCAGCAAAGUUCUUUGGGACAAAGUUUGCCUGUGGUUCAUCAGUGACUGGUGAUGAUGAAAUUGUUGUUCAGGGUGACAUUAAGGAUGAUUUGUUGGACCUCAUACCUGAGAAAUGGCCAGAAAUUGAAGAAGACAGCAUAGAAGAUGGCGGCGAACACAAGCGUUAAACUGACGUGAACAUGUCUGUUAACCUAUCAUAAUGAUGUAAAAGUUUAAAUAAAAUUGUAAAAAUUAA